GUAAGCGCGAGCCUCGGACACUACUCUAUUACCAACAAUCGUCCAAUAAGCUUAAGCUCGGGCCUUCGUAAAGGGGCUGCUUUUCACUACUAUUAUAAAGUGUGUCUCAAGAGGAGAAGUUUGCCCGUCGUGUUUCUCCUUCCGAAAUCUGCGAGCAGCCUUGUUGGCGGCUCCUCAUCUUCUGCUGCUGAAUAUUACCAAGAGAAAGGAAAGAGGAAUAGUAGUAGUGCUGGGAAGAACGGGAAGAACGGGAUAAAGAUGUCGACGGCAACAAGGGACGUAAGUCACCAAUCGGAUAUUUCGAAGAUGAAGGCGGAGGGAGAUGGAGAGUUUAAGAGGAAGCCGUCGACGUUUAGGAAUGGGAUUGAGAAGGGGGGACGGUUCGAGCCGGAGAGAGAUAGAUAUCAUCUUUAUGUGUCAUAUGCGUGUCCGUGGGCGUGUCGUACGUUGAUUACGCGCAAGCUCAAAGGCCUUGAAGAGAUCAUCCCAUUCUCCGUUGUCUCACCCCGAAUGGGCGAACACGGCUGGCCAUUCGCCAACAUCGAUCCCUUCCCAGCAGCAGGUGUCGACCCAGUCAAUCACGCACAACACAUAAAAGAUCUCUACCUCAAAGCGGACCCAAACUAUAACGGCCGUUUCACAGUUCCCGUUUUAUGGGAUAAGAAACACCAGACGAUAGUCAAUAACGAGUCUUCUGAGAUCAUUCGGAUUUUCAAUACCGCGUUUAAUGAGUUGGUUGAUGCAGAGAAGGCUAAGGUGGAUAUUUAUCCGGAGAAGUGGAGGAAGGAGAUUGAUGAGGUUAAUGAGUGGGUGUAUGAUACUGUGAACAAUGGUGUAUACAAGUCCGGAUUUGCAAUGACGCAAGCGGCAUACGAGAAGUCCGUAAUAGCCGUCUUCGAGUCUCUCGACCGUAUUGAGAAGAUGCUUGAGGGGAAGAAAGAGUAUCUCGUUGGCGACCAGCUGACGGAAGCAGACAUUCGUCUAUUUGUCACUAUCAUUCGGUUCGACCCGGUAUAUGUCGGGCAUUUCAAGUGUAACUUCCGAACUAUUCGCUCGGGGUAUCCGAAUAUUCACAACUGGUUGCGUAAGUUAUACUGGACGAACCCUGCAUUUAGCACGACGACGAACUUUGACCAUAUUAAGACACAUUAUUAUUGGUCUCAUCCGCAUAUUAACCCGACCCGUAUUGUUCCUGUCGGACCUAUUCCAAACAUCGAGCCUCUGCACUAACUCACUAAGCGAAUAUGUAAAAAUGUGUUAACAGUCCGUAAGAUUCCAUAUGAUUCGGAGAAAGGCCUCGUACUACGUACGAAGGUGCUGUAGUAUGUAAAUGUGUAACGGAAUUGGUAUGUCUAUAUGCUAAUAAUUG